UGGAGGUGGCAGCGGCAGCAGCUCCGGCUGGCACACCGGCACGGCUGGCACACCGGCACGGCUGGCACACCGGCUCCCCUUGGCACACCGACCCCGGCCCUCGCCCGGCCACCUGUGGAGCCCAGGCCACCAGCACCCAGAGCCCCACGGAGCCAUCGGGACUGGACCCAGCCACCCUGCCCCGGAGCGGGUCGUGGGGUCCCUCCAGCCCCCGGAGCACCCCACCCCUGUGCUGCCCCCAGGAACCUCCUUGGCACCGCGGGGCACCGAGCCCCGGGCAUGACAGGCACCUGCCCGGCUCCCUGACAGCACCGAAGGCAGUGGCCACCCUCGGCCCCGAUGCCAUUCGCCCACGGGGCUGCGUGCCCCCCGGCCCGGCUGGCCGCCCCCCGUGCCCCGGCUGGCAUGGGUGCUGUGCCUGAGCCGUGCCCGCAGGCCCCACUGGCCGUGCUCUCCAAGGUGGAGCUGCGGGUCAGCUGUAAACACCUCCUGGACCGAGACACCCUCAACAAGUCAGACCCCUGCGUCCUGCUCCUGAUGCAGUCCCAGGGCCAGUGGAUGGAGGUGGAUCGCAGCGAGGUGAUCAAGAGCAACCUGAACCCCGUGUUCGCCAAGAUCUUCACGGUUGAUUACUACUUCGAGGAGGUGCAGAAGCUGCGGUUCGAGGUGUACGACAGCCACGGCCACACCGGCGUGGGCACGCACGACGAUGACUUCCUGGGGGGCAUGGAGUGCACCGUGGGGCAGAUCGUGGCGCAGAAACGGGUGACGAAGCCGCUGUUCCUCAAGUACGGGAAGUUCGCAGGCAAGUCCACGAUCACGAUCAUCUCUGAGGAGAUUUCGGGGAACAACGGCUACGUGGAGCUCGCCUUCCGUGCGAAGAAGUUGGAUGACAAGGACCUCUUCAGCAAGUCGGAUCCCUUCCUGGAGAUCUACCGCAUUGACGAUGACCGCAGCGAGCAGCUCGUGUACCGCACGGAGGUGGUGAAGAACAACCUGAGUCCUGUCUGGGAGCCCUUCAAGGUGUCUCUCAACUCACUCUGCAGCUGUGAGGAGAAGAGGAAGCUGAGGGGUGUGGUGUGGGACUACGACUCCCGGGGCAAACACGACUUCAUUGGGGAGUUCUUCACCACCUUUGAGGAGAUGCAGAAGGCGAUGGGGGAGAACAAGGUGCAGUGGGACUGCAUGAACCCCAAGUACAAGAUUAAGAAGCGCAACUACAAGAACUCGGGGGUUGUGGUGCUGCUGGACCUGAAGAUCCACAGGGUCUACUCCUUUCUGGACUACAUCAUGGGCGGCUGCCAGAUCCACUUCACGGUGGCCAUCGACUUCACAGCCUCCAACGGGGACCCCCGAAAUAGCUGCUCCCUGCACUACAUCAACCCCUACCAGCCCAACGAGUAUCUCAAGGCGCUGGUGGCUGUGGGUGAGAUCUGCCAGGACUAUGACAGCGAUAAGAAAUUCUCAGCUCUGGGCUUUGGUGCCAGGAUCCCCCCCAAGUAUGAGGUUUCCCACGACUUCGCCAUCAACUUCAACCCCGACAACGAUGAGUGUGAGGGCAUCCAGGGUGUUGUUGAGUCCUAUCAGAGCUGCCUGCCCAAAAUCCAGCUCUAUGGCCCCACCAACGUGGCUCCCAUCAUCACCAAGGUGGCUCGUGUGGCAGCCGAUGAGGAACGGACCAAGGAAGCGUCGCAAUACUUCAUCCUGCUGAUCCUGACAGACGGGGUGGUGACAGACAUGGCAGACACGCGGGAGGCCAUUGUUCGGGCCUCCUACUUGCCCAUGUCCAUCAUCAUCGUCGGGGUAGGCAACGCCGACUUCACCGACAUGCAGAUCCUGGACGGGGACGACGGUGUCCUGCGCUCCCCCAAGGGGGAGCCCGUCCUGCGCGACAUCGUCCAGUUCGUGCCCUUCCGCGAGUUCAAGAACGCGUCACCCACAGCCCUGGCGAAGUGCGUGCUGGCGGAGGUGCCCAAGCAGGUGGUGGAGUACUACAGCUACAAGGCGUUCCCCCGCGCUGCCCCCGGCCCCCACCCCGACCCCAGCCUCGGCUCCCCCCAGUGAGGGACCCCCAGUACCCCCAACCCAGCCUCAGUUUCCCCCAGUGAGGAACUCACAGCCCCCACUCCAGCUUCGGCUUCCCCAGUUAGAGAUCCCCAGUGCCCCCAGCUGCAGCACUGGGUCGCCUCAGUGAGGGACCCUCCACCCCAGUCUUGGCUCCCCCCAGUGAGGAUCCCCAGCUCCCCCUGGUGUGGCACAGGGACAGACGGGGUCCCCACGAGUCCCAGCCCUGCCACAGCCCCCCCAUCUGGGACAUGGGGUAGGUCCUGCCCCCCGGUGCUGGACACUCUCUGCACUGCCCAGGGGUCCCCAGCAGGCACUGCCCACCCCUGGUGGUCCGUGCCCUGCGGCCUGUCCCCGCUCCAUCCCUACUGUCCCCGUGGUCCUCUCGGUCCCUGCUUCUCUGUCACUGUGAUGUUUGGAGGCUGCAUGACUCCCCCAAUAAAGCAACACCCCUGUGCCCAUC